AUGACGGAUCCCGUCGUUAAUGAGCUGGCCAAGCUCAACAAAGCAGUCAGCAAAGUAUCAAGAGAAGUUUUGGAUCGCCUGGUCACGGCACUUAUUCAGACGAAUGUCCCAGCCAGAGAAUUUAUCAAGAAUGGGCUUUUCGUUCCCGAAGAUGACGUUCCUCGGCCAGGCAGUCCAUCUUCGCCCCUGAGCACUACAUCCGGGGAAGAUGAAGAGAACAAGGGUGAAGUUUCGAAGACCGACAGGCCUCCCUCUGAAACUGCCCGUCCUAAGAGACUAAGAACUCGUUAUGCGCUCUGCCAAAACUGCAACGAGGAAUUCGAUGUGUCUGAAAAUACCCAGCAGAGUUGCCGGUUUCACCCAGAGGAGUCCGUCCCUGAUUACGACGACUUUUUUGCGGACCAUGACGAGAAUUGUCAUGGGACAAUUGAUUGUGAAGAAACCCGCAAAGAGUAUCCCGAGGGCUUCAUCUAUGGAUGCUGUGAUCGCAACGGCGAAGAGGAGCCCUGCAUGACGGAUUGGCACCGGGAAUAUGUUGAAUAUGAUAGCCCGAAGAGGCGCAGGUUCUUUUAG